GCGGGUGAGGAGUUGAAGGUCCUAAAUCUUAACAGAACCUGAUGGAGGCUAGGAUUGGUGGGCUUCCAGGACUCGAAGCCACUGGUUGCCACAUGGAGCCAAGAGCCUCAUGUCAAGCUGCUGCAUCAUUGGUGGAGGGAAAAUUCCACGUUCUUGUGGGUGUCACCGGGAGUGUUGCAGCACUGAAGUUGCCCCUUCUGGUGUCAGGCCUUUUGGACAUUCCUGGGCUGGAAGUAGCAGUGGUCACAACUGAGAGAGCCAAACAUUUCUACAGCCCCCAGGAUGUUCCUGUCACCCUCUACAGUGACGCUGAUGAAUGGGAGAUGUGGAAGUGCCGCUCUGACCCCGUUCUUCACAUUGACCUGCGGAGGUGGGCAGACCUCAUGCUAGUAGCACCUCUGGAUGCCAACACUCUGGGGAAGGUGGCCAGUGGUAUCUGUGACAACUUGCUUGGCAGCACAAGAAUCAGAAAUGUCACGCAACUGCUUCUGAACAAAGAGCCCUGGAGUCAGACCCCAGUGAUCGACAGGUUGUUUACACCGAAAGCUUCCUGGUGGAACCAAAUAUUCUACAACAUACACACGAGCCAGGUUUGAUAUGACCUGGGGCAAGGCAAUGGGAAGUAUCAGGCCAGCAGAGCUGCCAGUUGUCUAAUAGCAAAGGAAUGUCGGGAGUAGGUGGGUAGAGGGCCCAAGGCAGACUGGAGAUUUGAACUUUGAGGUCUUUGGAGGUCAUGAUACUAACCCAGGUGUGAUCUGUGAGCAUGUUGUCUUAUUGCUCCAGUGGGCUGGUCUCAUGGUAGCUUUAUCUGCUGAGAUUACUGUACAUGGUUACCCUUUGCCUGCUGGCCCAGAUAGCAGGUUCCUAGGGAUUAGAGGCCCAGCAGAUUCCAUUUCAGGCCCCUGGAUUCCUGGAAGAUGAGGGAGAGUUCAAAGGUGCUUCUAUUUGGGAAAAAUAGGUGCAGGCUGAAGGGUUUCCAGUUCUAGUGAUAGACUUGGAAGCAGCCAGCAAGCACAGAAACCCAUGGAUGUAAACAGGAAAGGAGAGCUGAGAUGUCCCUCAGGGCCUGCAGUGGAGGUUUGGGAGUGGGAGUGAAGAUUAUUUCUUGCUCUCAGGAGAGAUCAUGUCCAGGUCCUGGUUUAGGAGCUUCUGUAUCACCUGGAACUCCCCUAUGUCCCAGUGAUUUCUGAAAAUCGCUUUCCUAGUAGGGGUGAAGUUGAGCUCCAGAGUACCACUCUCAGGCUGGGGUUAUCUGGGAAAAUUGUCAUAAUGGGAAUGAGGACAAGAAGGCCAUGGGAGGGAGCUCAUGUUUAUCUGACAUCAGGCCUGUUCCAGACACUGUUCUUUGCAUACCUUAUCUCAUUUAAUCUUCCUAACCAUCCUGCAAGAUAGGUAUUGUUAUCCCCGUUUAAAAGCUGAGAUCUUGAGGCUUAGAGAGAAGGGUAUAAAAAUUCUCCAAACGACAAACCAAGACAUGGCCUCUUAGAGAGGAGAGUAGAAAUGGAUGGUGUUACUCAGACAGGCUAGCCCUGAACUGGAAAUAGAAAAGGCUGCAGUAGACUGACCAUGUAUUUUGUUGUCUAAACUGGGCACUUCUGAGAAUGAAGGGGGCACUAUUAAUAAACACACAGGACAACAGGUGUCAAUCGGGACUGUCUUGGGCAAACCAGGAUGUAUGGUCACCCUGCACACAGGGCACUAGAGGGGAGUAUGCCCUGAGAAGGAACAGCCACUAUUUAUAACAGAAUCCUCAUAGCAACCCUCAGGUGGUUAUUAUCUCCAUUUGACAAAUGAGGAAACUGAGGCUCAAACAGGCUACUUAACUUUCUCCAGAUCCCACAGCUAGUAAGAGCGGAAUCUCUGACUGGCUUGAAGGCCUGGCUCUGUCUGUGGGUCAUGCUGCCUCCUAGGGCCCAGGACCUUUGGAAGGCACGAGGUCAACUGAAGAGAAUGGGGCUAGAGGCCUUUGUUCUUGGAGUGUGACAGACCAUUUACCAGACUGUCCCUGUAGUGUUUGCAUGGCCUCUCCCAGGGCUGGCAUGCAAGCAGUGUCUGGGGAGGGCAAGUGAGUGUGAGGUGGAGGGGCUAGGGCAGGAUAGAGGCUCCACUCACCCUGAAGGCUUCUAUAGCCUUCUCUGAUCUUCCUGGACCUCCAGUGGGGUGGUAGCCAAGGUCAAGGCUUUGGUGGGAUUUUUCUAGGUAGAAAAAGUCAUUCAGUGAGUUGCCCCAUUUCUAGAUUGUUGAACAGGAACACUGAGAAAUUGGAUGGCAGCCAUCCUGGAGCCACAACUGUCCCCUCUGGUCUACAGAUCCUGCUGUGGCCCUAGCUCCAUCCUUCUGGUCCCCAGAAAGGGCUGAGGUGGUCUGGGAUGUGGGGAUACUCUAGGUUGGGGCAGAAGGUGUGUGCGAACACCCACGUGUAGAGGGUUUGUGAGCCUCGGAGGAUCUGACGUGCAGCUCGUUCCUGCUAUGUUCACCAGUCAGCCUGACCUUCCAGGGGUGAGUCAGCGGCCACAGCACAGACAAUAGGUGGCUCAGGCCAAAGCUCAGAUGGCCUUUGAAGUCCUCUUGACAAUUGCAUCACAAGUGGGAUGGGCAGGAAAUUAACCU